AAAUCAAGAUGGCGGCCGAAUAUCUUGUUGGUUUGAUCUUAUGUCUGUCAUUUUGCAGUACAGUUGACACCCUUCAAUGCUACCAAUGCGUUGAUGUGUCCAGCUCGAGCAGUUUGAUAAACACAGUAGGGCAUUCUGAUCCUAAUUGUGAGUCUGUUUCCAACUAUGCCACUACCACAAAGACAUGCCAGACCGGGGAAGCUUGUGGAUAUGUGAAGGGGAAAGUGGAUUUAUCUGUAAAUUUACUUGUGACGAAGGUUGAUGCUACAAUCACUCUAAACAUUCGCGAUUGUAUGGCAGUUGCAUCUGGUACCAGUAUGAAGUGCUACAGGAACCAAUACUACACUGAUAUUAUAAACGAAGCACUGUCAUUCAUCGGUGAACUGGUGGAUGUUAAGUUUGAUGGAGAUGUAUGUUUCUGUAGAGGGGAUCUCUGCAAGCCCUGCGGCUCCCAGUCGACUGAAAUUUUUGGCAUUUGCUUUGCAUACUGGGUGCUUGGGGCCAUUGGAGGAGGUGUUUUCCUCGUCAUUGUUCUGCUGGUCUGCUGUUGCUGUUGCUGCUGCUGUAGAAAGAACCGACCAGUCGGCCGUCCAAAUGUAUUCAUACAAACUACUGGUGGAGUAGUAUCGCAAGGAACAGCGCUGUCACUUGUGCCACCGCAACAAAAAGGUUAUGCGAGAUUUUGA